GGAUCACGAUCCACCAUCUUCGUAUUAAAAAAUUAUAGGGACCAGAAGACCCCAAAAGGUCGGUGCCAUACGUUGCCUUGCCCAGACUUCAUCUUUGGUGUUGGGGUGUUGGGGUCCAAGUCAAUAAUUGUAUGACUUAAAAAAUUAUAUUUGAACCUUUCAUGAUCUGUUCUCCUAACUGGCUGAGCAGUCUACAUUUGUUCGUCUAUAAAAGAGAAUUUUCUCUCAAAAAUAGUACAUACUGUGGAGAGAAAGAUCAAAAUUGUUUCCUCUUCUACUGCGCUGCUUAUCAUAGAUCUCUUUGGAUAAGCUUUUUGGGAGAAAGAUCAAGGUUGGAAUCAAAGUUGAUUCCUCUAUCACUGAGCUGCAUAUCAUAGAUCUCUUUAGAAUUUAAUAUGCGGGGCUCAUCUCCAAAAAAGAACUUUCUCUCAAAAGUAGUACUCAAAGUAUUAUAGGGAGAAAGAUCAGGUUGGAAUCAAAGUUGAUUCCUCUUCCGUUGAGCUGCAUAUCAUAGAUCUCUUUGGGGCUUAUCCACAAAAGAAAACUUUCUCUCAUAAGUAGUACUCAAAGUAUUGUAGGAAGAAAGAUCAGGGUUGGAAUCAAAGUUGAUUCCUCUUCCACUGAGCUGCCUAUCAUAGAUCUCUUUGAAUCAGCCAACUGGGAGAAGCAGAGUCCAUCGUCGUGACCAGUUUUCCAUCCUAAAAUGGCAGAGUCCAUAGUCGAAUCAGCGGCUCAGAAUAUUGGGAGGCUACUAGUUGAAGAAGGAAGAUUCUUGUAUGCAGUUGGCGAUAAGAUCAAGAAGCUUGAAGAAGAACUCGAAUGGAUGCAACUUUUCUUACAGGACGCAGAAGCAAAACAGCAUGAUCAAGCAGUGGUUCGCAAGUGGAUUUCCAAAAUCAAAGAUUUCGCUUAUGAAGCUGAGGAUAUCCUCGAAAACUACAUCCUCAAAAUCUCCUAUAAGAGGCAAGAUGGCUUUUGGAACGCGCUCAAAUGGUUCCCUCGCAUGUUGAGGGAUGCUAUAGCCCUCCAUCAGGUUGGCUCUGAUAUUGAUGAUUUAACACAAAAGAUAUCCUCACUCACUUCCAGGAUGACAACUUAUGGCCUGCACAUGAGAGAUGGAGGGAGCAGCUCAUCCCUUGCCAGGCAAAUGGAGUACAAUGCGGCGGGCUCUUCUUCCCAUGCUGAGGAAGAUGUCAUUGUUGGAUUGGGGAAUGACUCGGCGAAACUGGCGGACCAGCUAGUGCAUCCAGAGUACAAAAUCGUAGUCAUUACAGGGAUGGGUGGUUUGGGGAAGACCACUCUUGCAAGAAAGGUCUACCGUCACCCUACGGUUAGGCAACACUUCCAAGCUUUUUCUUGGGUUCAUGUAUCCCAACAAUUUCAAACUAACAGUGUUCUGAAAGAAAUUCUACUUGGCCUUACACCUCUGACUCAGAGGAAUGGUAUUGAGGCGCUAAGCGAGGCGGAGAUUCCGGAUAAGGUCUGUGAGAAGCUAAAAGAGAAGCCUUGUUUCGUAGUUCUCGAUGAUAUUUGGAACUUCGAAGACUGGAACCGGCUACAUCUUCCUUUUCUGAGGGAUGAUUGUUGCAGCAAGCUAUUGCUAACAACGCGUACGGAUUUCAUACUGCAAGAGCUGAAUCACCCAGGGAUAUCAUACCAUGAACCUACGAAACUAACAGAGGAACAGAGUUGGGAACUUUUGAGGAAGACGGCAAUUGACAGAAUGGAUGGUGCAGAAACCAGAG